ACACAGACACCUAAGAAGCAAGCAGUUCAUUUUUACACAGACACCUAAGAAGCUAGAAUUUAGUCAUACAAAAGAGGACAUACAAUUACGAUGGCCCUGCACAACAAUUACAGCAUUGUUGCUGUUACUGUCAUUGCUGCUGUUGCUCUUGCUGGAACAUUAGGAGCAGUUCCCAUCUCUAAAAAAGCAGCACCAGAUGUGGGGAAGAAGUACAACCUUCACAAGGGCGUCAAGAGAGAGAAUGAGAAUGUCCAGGUCAAUGUCGAAGACAAUGUCACCGUAAACAACGUCACGGAUGAGCACUUCCAGGUUGCCAUGAACAGCUCAGGGAGUCUGAUUAUUUACAAGCUGGAAAUAAACAACACGUAUGUUUGUUUUUUUACUCCAAUGAACACAUCUGACGACAUUCACGAGGUAUGA